AUGGACACGAAGCCGGAACCAAUCCGGCGCAGCGGCUUCCAGUAUGACGGGACCUUUGCCACCAUCGACGGCGUCGCCUACGAGCGUCCACAGCACCUGCUGCGUCUCUGCUUCCCGACCGACCCCGAGAGGUGGAAGAUCAAGCUCGGACGAGGACGGCCGCCCAAGAUGGAGAAGAUUACCGAGCACGAAGCGACGCGCACGCUGACGCGAAAGUUCAUGCUGGCGCAGUUCCGUUUCUACGGCCUGCCGCCGCCGUACCAGUCGUCGUCGGACGAGGUCUUGGACCUCUUUCGCGAGCAGGUGACGUCAGGAAACUUCCGCAAGAUGGCCGACGACAUCGAGACGCUGCGCGACGAGAUGGCCGCCGAGUGGGAAGCUCGCAAGGACACAUCCACACAGCGUCCGCGCGGCCGACCGAAAGGCAGCACCCGCAAAGUCGAGGACGCCAUCCCGGCCACCAUUGUCGGUGCCUACGUGAUCACGUCCAAAGAGAUCCAGGACCAGUGGUCUGUUAACGGCAACCUCACCCUCGACGUCGCCCCCACGGCCACACCGGGCAUAUACAAGGCCACCUUCCACUUUGGCGUCAUUCUUGGCGUCAUGAUACUGUCGGCCGACGAGAAGCAGCUCGCCAACCAUGUCCGCCGUCUGGAUGCCGGCGACGACCCCGAUCACCACGUCAACGGCACCGACGUCGUCGCCACGCUUGGCGGUACCAAGCGCAAGCAGCCACCCCAGGGCGCUGUCGUCAGUCGGCAGCACCAGCAACAGCAGCAACAGCAGCAACAGCAGCAGCAACUUCUCCCCGGCAAGAAGGCAAGGACAACCACGGCCGUGCCCCUGCCGCAGAUCCCAGGCGCCGGCCCCAACGGCUCCACAAUGGGCUCCAUGGGCGGGCUGUCGGGCAUGACAGGCCUGUCCGGGAUGCCAACUCUUGGUCCGGGCGGUCUGGGCGGGCUCGACGGACUCGGACCGCUGAUUGGGAGCGGAGGUCCUGGAACUGCCACACCUGACCCUGGGAACGGCAAUGGCGGCAACGGUGUCGGCGUCGGUGUCGGUGUCGGACCGGACGGCAGUCCGAUUGGUGCAGAUGGCAGCGGUGGAGGAGGCAGCAACAGCGUGCCGGCAAGUCCGGCAGGCGGCGGUGGUCGGCCGCCGCUCAAGUUCUACGUACGGUGGCGCGGGCGCGGACCGGUGGAGAACAACAUGCAGACGGGAGAGCACCGCGGCACGCUCAAGUUCACCAACAAGCACUACACCAAGUUCGCCGGCGAGAUGGACUUGAGCUUCCUGGGCGCCGACGAGAUCACUGGCAAGCGCGUGUCCGACGUGCCGACACUCUCGGGCGAGUCCUGGUCCGACUACCUCGAGACUGUGUACGACUGGACACGGGGCAACCGGUGGAAUUGA